UAGCACCUCCCUUUUCUAGUUGGUACAGUCCUGCUAAUGCUGCUCUGCUAAUAACACAGAGGAAACUAACGUUAGUCAUCAUGGUGAACUUCGCAGCAGCAGUUCGUGAGCACUGGGUCAAUAUCCUGGUCCCUCUGGGUUUCGUCAUCGGGGUUUAUCUGGACCGAUGGAAUGACCAGAAACUCACAGCAUUCAGAAACAAGAGUGCUUUAUACAGCAGAGAACUGAAGCCUGGUGAGGAAUACACCUGGAAGUGAGACUCCUACAAAUAUAUAUUGGACCCUCUAUGUGUAUAUUGUCUGUUCAUCCACCAUGUUUCUGAUUGCAAGCAUGUUGGUGCAAUAAAUUUUGCAUUUAGUUCCGUAA